GAGCGGCGGUGGCACGGUGCGCCGGCCGGGGCGGAGCGGCCCCAGCGCACUGCCCGGCCCGGGCCAUGACCCCCGCUGCUCUCUCUUGCAGGCUCGUCGCCGCGGCCCCCAGAGUCCGGCUGCCGCCGCCGCCACCUGCGCCUGGGAGGGCCCUGUGCGCCCGGGGCGCGGCUCCGCAGUGAGCCCAGCAGGAAGCGGGGAUGAGCUGUCAAGGACUCACUGCUGUGGGCUGGUAGUUUGUGACUCCUAUCUUCAAGGCUGCGGUACCUUGGAAAGGUGCACAAAGCGUAAGCAUUGAUCUUGAUCAUACGGGAGGCUGAGAGGAGCAGUGGGCAAGUAGUUUGCUCCAAGUCCCUGGGCCGAUCAAUGGGAGGCCAAGGCUGGACCCCAGGCGGUCCAGAGCCCUGCCUGGUGACAGAGAAGCAGGCCCACAGAGGCGCCAACAUGGGGCUUAAGCUGUCCUGUCUGAAAGGCUUUAAAAUGUGUGUCAGCAGCAGCAGCAGCCAUGAUGAGGCUCCCGUCCUGAGUGACAAGCAUCUGGAUGUGCCCAACAUCAUCAUCACCCCCCCGACCCCCACGGGCAUGAUGCUGUCAAGGGACUCCAGGCGGACAGUCUGGCUGGAUGAGAUGGGGUCAUGUCCGGAAGAUGGAGAAAUAGACCCUGAAGCCUGAGGAGGAGGCACAGAUCUGGGAUUUGUCAGCAUUGUCUCCUGCUCUGGCCAUCCCUCAUUCCACGAGUCCCCGGGGGAGGGGCGUAGCUGUCUGGGACAGAUGUUCUGAAUAUGCUGGAUAGGAAAAUGGAGUGAUUCCGGCACUUAACCAGAAGAGGUGUGGCAAAAUGAGCAAGGAACCAGCCCUGCACGCUUCCAGAACGAUGUUUCCCCGGCCCCAUUGAGUGGACCGGACCUCUAACGCCUACACGUUAUUCCGGACCCCAGGGCCAUGGUGACGGCCAUCAGGGUGCCAGGGAAAAGCUUUCUUCUGGACACACCCCAGCUUCCUGGGCCAUGCAGACAGUACCCAGGAGGUCAACACACACAAGAACUUCUUGCAAAGGAGUGGCUCCGUUUUUUACAAGUUGUUUUACAGAUAUUAAAGCCGUCUAAAAAAUGAUUUCUAAUUUCUUUUUUGCAUUAUAAAUAAAGAU